UUUGAAAUGAACACCCUGUAUUUGUAGUAUAUGGUUGGAUCUCCAGUUCAAAUAUGACACCAAAUUACUAGGCAUGAACAUGUCAAUGUUAUUCUGUAUAGGUGUUAAUAAACAAUAAUAAUAUAUAUUUGUGAAAAUUCUAGACCUUAUCAAUUAAUUAUCACGAUUAUCUCACAUAUGUACUUGGGAGGGAAACUAUAACAUUCUCUGGCCAGCGCUCCCACUAGCCCCAAACAGCUGACGGUACCCAGUCAGUUGUUACUUGUUCGUAAUCGGUACCGGUAGACGUCGGUUCGUGUUGUCUCGUUAACGCAGGUGGUACUAGAGGUGCGCGCGGAAAGUUAUUACAAACAGGUGUCUCGUUUUGAGAACAAACACAACACCUACGGUACCGAGCUAGGUUUGAAAAGGGAUAUUUCCUCGGAUAUUUCCUUAACGUUCUUUGAAAAUUAUGUGCACCUGUUGAACUCUAUUGUUUCAUGGUGAAAUGUUCGAUAGUUGUCAGACAAUUCGUAGUGGACCUAGAUGCACGCACGUGGCUGAAAAGUUAGUGCAAUUAUUCGGUUGGAGACAUACGUACAAUGUAGAAAAGAUACAAAGAAAUGUUCCUGGUAGGUCCACUACAAGGAUUUCCAUCACUAGAACUACUCCAAACACAGAUGAUGAUUACCCAGAGAGUCCGACUGAAGAAAAAAAGAAUCCAGAUGCUUGGGUAUCCGUCCACAAUCUUCAGUCGCAAGGCGGAGGCAUCCUUGAUCCUGAUGACAAACUCAAUGAUGUGGCAGACGACAGAGAACAAAUCUUAGCCAGUUUCGAAGAUGGAGAUGGAUCUCAUAUACAUCAUGGAGGCGGAGAUGGAGCUAGCGGAAGCUCAGUUGGAACUGGAAGUCCUGAUAUAUUUCAUGACGGUGAACACAAAUACGGUCCCUCUUACCCGCGAACCGACAUUGAAGUCACCGGUGAGCAAAUUGCCUCAGGAGUUCCAAGUUUACAAGUGAGGAGAGGUAGCGAACCUACCUUAAAUCAGCUUCCAGUCGGUCCUCCUGCUCCUUCGGAUCCCACAAAAAGAUGGAGCGCUGCUCCAUUGAUUUUGGAGGCUCCUAGCUCUGGGUACGUUAGCCCUGACUGGAUGGACGACAGUAAGGAAGAGGAUGGUUCGGGAUUCAAGAGGAUAGCCAGAGAUGGAAGCAACAGAUUGUCAAUGCAGUUUCUAGGUGAUGGUGCUGGUUAUCGUUGGGCGGAGGCUGCAGAAAAAGCUGCCAUCACCAAGGCUCACACUAGUACAUCUUUACCAAGAGAGACUAGACGCAAAGAGCCAUUGGGACAAGCCAAUAACAGCCCCACAUCUUGGGUCGCUGAGAAAACUGACUUUGUUGUGAUAAGAAAUCAACCUGGACCUCUUGGUAUUCAUGUGGUACCCGAUUAUGAUGGUUCGGGGAAAGAUAGGGGGCUUCUAGUGCAAGGAAUCGAACCCGGUGGUAGGAUAGAUAGGGACGGAAGACUGGCUAUUUAUGAUAGGAUCAUAGAAAUUAAUGGGCAGAAUUUAAUUAAUAUUCCUUUCCAAAAGGUACAAGAAAUAUUUAAGUUGUCACUAAUAUCCCCAGAAUUAAGACUGAAAGUAGUUAAGGCCUCCGGAUUAGAGAGUUUGCGCAAACCUCCUCCGCCGAUCUAUCCGCAUUUUCGGGAGGAUAAGGAGAAUAAUGGGAUGGUGGAAUGUGAACAAAAACAGAGUACAAAUACCAAAGUAGCGACAGUAUCGCCAACCAAAAAGGUACCAGCAAUAUCUAAAAACCUCAAAGGACUUUUGACGGCCAACACAAGAAAAAUUGGAAGAAAAAUCGAAAUCGAACUAAUUAAAGGGCCAAGAGGACUAGGUUUUAGUAUAACCACAAGAGAUAAUCCAGCUGGUGGAAAUUGUCCUAUUUACAUUAAAAAUAUAAUCCCUGAGGGUGCUGCUGUAGAAGAUGGGCGACUUAAAAUCGGCGACAGGCUUCUGCAAGUCAACGAAGAAGAAAUGACUGGUAAAAGCCAGACAGAAGCUGUGGCGAUUUUACGGAAGGUUCCCCCAGGGAGCAAAGUUAAAAUUGUAGUUUCAAGACACGAGGAUGUACCAGUCAACGUAACUAAUACCAACGGAUUACCUAGAGUUAUUGGUAUCGAGGAAACGGAUGAACGAGAAGAGCCUCUUACCUCGGAACCGUUCCGUAGCAACGGAAACAGCACAGACAUUCCACCUAAUAUUCCCCCCUUACCGCAGAGCCACUUGAUACUGAAUCGAUCUCCCGAAAAAUCAACUGGAUCAGUGGCUAAAAUCAUUUCUCAAUUCCAAGAAGCUGCCAACUCAAGCAAUCCUCCAGAAAAAAUCGACAGCAGCAUGGUUUUCCCAUGGAAACACAGAGAAAUCCUCACCUUCAACAUUCCUGUACACGAUUCAGAAAAGGCCGGACUAGGUAUUAGCGUAAAAGGAAAAACUAGUGAAUCAGGAGACUUGGGGAUCUUUAUAAAAAGUGUAAUCAACGGAGGAGCAGCUUCAAGAGACAAAAGACUUAGAACCAACGAUCAAUUAUUGAACGUCAACGGAAUAUCACUUUUGCAACAAUCAAAUAGCGACGCCAUGGAGACUUUGAGAAAAGCCAUGUUGCAUACAGAAGGUCCAGUGCCGGGAAAUAUAACUUUGACGAUAGCAAGACGUGCUUCAUCACCUGGAUCUUCAAGAAAUAGGUCCAAUGAAAGCUUGUUGAAUGUCUCUCAAACUUCCCAAGACCUUUAUAAUUCCCAAGAAGCUUCCACUGAACCAUCAGGCGAAACUUCAAAUUCCAACGCCUCAAAUGGUUCCACUAAUACGGUCAUCUAUAAUCCCCAUCAAAACGGGAUGGUUCCUAACCAGUUGAGUCCUAUGCAUACCUGGAAUCCUGUUUUAGAACGAUUGACAGGUAAACCACAGCUGCGCAAUGAAAGCUACUAUAAAGCUACUCACGAUACUUGGAGUAGCAGUAUGUUAGGGAAUACUAGUAUUCCUUCCUUCAACAGUAGCGUUUACAGUCCUACUGUUACUAGAACCAAUGCUGAACCAGUUUUAAUUGAGGACGAAUAUGGUACAAGGAUUAUUCCUGUGCAGAAUCAGCAUCCACAGAUAAAAGUUCAUAUGACUAAUAAGUUUAAUCACAUAAAUGGGGCACAUGAAAAUCGAAAAGACCACGAGCCAGAUGGGAAAGCUAGUUUAAUUAUGAAUGGCACAGGAGAUAAAAGUAAAGAUUCCACUGGGCAAACGACCAUUCCACAUACUGAUGCCACCUAUGCCAGUCAAUUGAGCUUAGAAAAUCCUCAAGGAUUUUCAAGAGACGCUUUUGGACGACAAAGUAUGUCCGAGAAACGACAUGCCACUUUGGAUGCCAAAAGCACAGAUACCUAUCAACGAACAAAAAAAAUGAGGGAAGAAAGAAUAAAGAAGGAAUAUGCUGAUAAGUUAGCCGAACUUGGUCCUUCACUUGGAAUGAAGAAAUCUUCUAGCUUGGAAUCUUUACAAACAAUGGUCCAAGAGAUUCAAAUGAAGGAAGAAGGAGAUCCCGCCUAUAGUUAUAGAGGGCAAUCAGGGGCUUUGAAAGUGAUCCGCGGUAGGGGGUGUGAGGAAAGCUUUAGAGCAGCUGUAGUCGAUCCUAACCAUCGAAAUGAAAUGGGUGCGAAGAAACACUGGCUGCUAGAUGGUCCAGUAGAAGAGCGUGAAAUUGAUGGUUUUACUAAUACAAGGGGAGCUCCCAGGCAGUCGUCCUUAAAUGCGGCUUUGGAUAAUAAAAAUAAACCUGGCAAGAAAAAACCUGGUAUAUUUAAAGGAAUAGGCUCAAUGUUUAGAUUCGGCAAGCAUCGUAAAAUAGAAUUAAUAGAACCAGUGCAGCAAUAUCACCAACAAACUGAAUUCGAUACGAACGCAAAUAUUUCGCAACAUUCCCAGUAUUCGCAAAAUUCGCAAAAUUCCCAAAACAAGUCGAACUCGACACAAAAUCAAGGCCAAAACGACGAUAAUCAAAGCCACCAUUCUCAUAGUUCACAUAAUACGGAUAAUAGUCUACAUAAACAACCGCCUCAACACGUUGAGAGACUUCAAGAUCCAAAUCAACAUUCAGUUCAGCAUCAUCAAGAUAGCAAUAGUUCAAAUCAACAACAACAAGAGCAACAAAUUCAAAGGGAACCAAUUUAUCAGAGGCACGGAUACAUUCAUAGGCAUGCAGAACAAGUACAGGUUAUUCCUGAAAAUUCUGUGGCUCCGCCAAUAAAAUACAGACAAAAUCCUAGAUCAAACGAUAGAGACUUUGCAAGGCAAAAACUGGCUCAUAGACACACCUAUUAUCAAGCUGACGAGAGGGAAAAUCCAUAUUAUAGGCAGCAACAGCAUCAGAACAGAGACCUCCAAAAUCGUGAGCCUCAAUACGGCGAAUUUGGUCGUCCCGGUAGUAGAUCAGGAAUAACUGAGUCUUCAGCAGUGCCAUUCACUCAUUACGUAAAUUAUAGCGAGCUGCAAACGCAUAUGAGCCGAAAAGAAUCAUUGUCUGACAGUCAGAUAGUGCAGAUGCGUCUGCAGGUGCAACAGCAAAGGUUAAAGGUGGAGGAAGAAAGUCGAAAACAGCAUCAGUAUCAUUCACAGCGGCAACCGCGCCCUGACAACCAGCUACGGCCAAUUUCGAAUUACUACGAAUAUGAAAGCGUUCAAUCCGUUUUGAAUAACCGGCAAAUUCGCCCUAAUCACUCUUCAAACCAACCCAUCUAUUCCCAGCAACCUGACCAUAAUUUGAACCCAUUACAAACUAGGCCAAAUUUAAUGAAUAGAUUACAACAACAACAAAUAAAUUCCAGAAAUAAUGCUCCAAUAAUAAGGCAAAUGAAUCAACCCCAUAGGGGCCCCUUUGUAACGCAGGUGACUAUAGGCGAUCAUCAGAAAAAUGGGACAAAAGUGUGAAAUAUUAGAUUAUGUACUUGUAAGAUUAUUGUAAGGAAUUUUUUCCUACAGAGUCUGCCAAGAACAACUUUUAGUUCUCAACACCUUUGAACUGACUUAAAGUUAAUUGGUAGUGAUUUUUAGCUUCUUUUAAUUCUAUUUUUAAUGUAUUACAGAAAGUAUAAUUGAAAGAAAAAAGCUUUUGGCAGACUCUGUAUGCAUGUAUUAUGAUGCUAGACAAUUUUACUAAUUAUUGUAUUGUUUUAAUAAUUGUAUCAAUCAUAAAAUUCAUGUAAAUAACAUUUUAUUCAUCAAAGGCAUUUUAGUUUGUUUUAAAUUAAUUAUUUAUAUGCAUUGAUUGCAUAAUAUUACUUCCAUUGUUUUCCAGAAAAAAAUUCAAGGCUGAUGUUCUGUAGAGUUGGGGUACAUAUUGCUGUGUCUGUGAUCCUGGUUUAAGAAAAAAGUUUAAACUGAUAUCGUUGUUUUAAUUAUUUUAGAAUGUUUUAAUCCUUCCCUAUAUGAACUUUUACCUUUUCCAGCUACAAAAUUAUGUAUCUACCUAAGACUAUGGUAGGUACCUAUUAUAAAGUGGAUCAUUGAAGAUCGCCAAUUUGGCUUGCAUAUUUAAUUUUACUUUCAUUUGUUCCACUCUAUAUGAGUUCCUUAGACCAAGCUGAAUAAGAUCUGUUCACACAUUCCAUCUUACUUGGUUUUAUGUAUGUAUGUAUCAGUAUUUUAUAUAUUUUUUAAAUUUUUAUUGUUUGUACUUAUAGGUACGUACAUAGGUACAUAUUUAUUUAAUUUUUUCAUGUUAUUGAAUAUUGUGAAAAAUUGUCUAGCAUGAACUGAUAAAUUAGUUUAAAAUACAAAUUAUUAUGCUCAUAUCAAUAUAAUUAUUAUAUAGGCUAUUGCCAUACUUUUUAUUAAUAAAAAUUAGGGUAUCAAUUACUUUUUAAUUAAUAAAUGUAGAUAAAAGUGCAUUACGACAAUGCCAUAUAAUAUUGAUUUUAUCUGUAGAUAAUAAAAUAUUUUAUUUUGUACAUAGUACAAACUUUUUAAGACAAGAAUAAAACUUUACUAUUCUUCAA